AUGGUCCCGCCGGCCCCUCAGCCACCCCGCGCACCUCGCGGGGCGGGGCCGGAGCCUCACGGACGGGCCGCUGCGAGGAGAAUGAUGGCAGAGGAGCGAUCUUGGUGUUUCUUAAACACUGCCCCUCAGCGCUGCCGCUCCUCGCGCCCGAGAGCACUUGCGGCCCUUGAACCCAUUAAAAACAGAAGCUCACACAUCACGCGUUCCCUCACGCCGGCGCCAUCUUGGGCCGGGACGCGCGCGGCCGCCGCCAUGGCGCGAGGGCUGAUGGGAAAAGCGGCCGGGAAACGGGACAACAAAAGCGCUUCUCGGGCGCGGGAGGGGCCGCGCCGGCUGGCGGUACCGGGGGCUGGUGACAGGGCCGGUACCGGGCCGGCUCCGGGGGCCCGUCGGGGGAUCGGUGUGACGCGGCCGGGGCGGGCGGUGCUCUGCCCGCUCCAGGGGCGGGGCUCGAGCGCGGGGCCGGGGGGAGCGGGUGUUUCCCAUGGAGCCUCGCGGCGGCGCGGCGCGGGCUGCGGGAAUGAGGAAGUACAUGAGGAGCAUGAUACUUCUACUGAAAAUGCAGAUGAUGCUAACCACGAUCCUCAGUUUGAGCCUAUAGUUUCUCUUCCAGAGCAAGAAAUAAAAACUCUGGAAGAGGAUGAGGAAGAACUCUUUAAGAUGCGAGCAAAGCUCUUCCGGUUCGCAUCUGAGAAUGACCUUCCAGAAUGGAAAGAACGAGGAACUGGUGAUGUGAAACUCCUGAAACACAAGGAGAAGGGAACAAUUCGCCUCCUCAUGCGGAGGGAUAAAACCCUAAAAAUCUGUGCAAACCAUUACAUCACACCCUUAAUGGAGCUGAAGCCUAACGCUGGGAGCGACAGGGCAUGGGUCUGGAACACACAUGCUGACUUUGCAGAUGAAAGCCCCAAGCCCGAACUUCUGGCAAUCCGAUUUCUAAAUGCAGAGAAUGCACAGAAAUUCAAGGCAAAAUUUGAAGAAUGCAGGAAUGAAGUAGGCAAGAAAGCAAAAAAAGCAGGCACAGACAAAAAUGAUAGUGCUGAUAAAGUUGCUGAAAAACUAGAAGAGCUUUCUGUAACGGAAGAGAGCAGAGAAUCUGAGAAGAAAGAGACCAAGGAGAAAACUGAAGAAAAGCAAUAAACUCAUCCUGGGCCUUGCAGUUUUUCCUUUACUUUUUCCUUUUUUUUUCUUUUUUCAAUUUUUUGUAGUUUUUUUUUGUUUGUUUGGUUGGUUG